AUGGCAGAUGAAAACAUUAAAGAAAAGAAGCAAGAAAUUAAAAAGGCCAAACGUAUUCCAAAUAAAAAUUAUGCUAUUAAAAAACGAUUACCAGUUCGACCAGUCGAGGGUAAUAAUGUAAUAUUUAUUACUAAAAAGACAAAUUUUAAGGCGCAGUUGGAUAAAUGUUGUGAUCUUUUGACAAGAGGUGAAAAAGAAAUAAUUCUUCAUGGUUUAGGAGCUGCAAUACAAAGGUGCUGUAACUUAGCACUGCAGUUAGAGACUCUCUUUUCUGGUGCCUGCCAACUUGAAGUGAACACUGGCACUGUUGACCUUAUCGAUGAUCUGGAGCCGUUGGUAGAUGACUUGGAUUUUGGUGCCCAAGUGCGACACUCAUCUUCCAUUCACAUCCGAAUAUUUAGAACUGCAAUGCUUGGUGCAAAUCAGUAA